AAAGACACGGGGAUAAACUGGCGAUAAGACCAUUGGUCCAUUGUGUCGUAGUUAGCGUUUAAAGCCGGGCCAAGACCUCACAUGUCUCAUUCAACCAACUUCAUAUAUCCUUUUCAACUUAAACAACUUCAACGACGGCCUGCGACCCAGUAAUAUAAGUAAAAUCUCAACCAAAAUCCAAUAAUGUCGUCAACAAAAGGUCUGGCCCUAGUCACAGGCGCAAACGGCUUCAUCGGAGCCCGGACAGUCGAAGCCUAUCUUCUAGCCGGCUACUCCGUCCGCGCCGCCGUCAGAACCCAGCGCUCCGCAGACGAGCUCACCGCCGCCCUCCCCUCACAAGUUGCAUCGGGUCAGCUGUCCGCGGCCAUCGUCCCGGACAUCACCGUCCCAGGCGCCUUUGACGAAGCACUCAAAGGCGUCACCUCCGUGGCCCACCUCGCGACACCCGUCAGCUUCAUCAACACAAACGUCGAGGAGGUCCUGGGGACUGCCGUGCAGGGCACGCUCGGCAUCCUCGAAUCGGCGAUAAAGGAGACCGGGUUGAAAUCCUUUGUGUACAUGUCGUCCAUUGUGGCCAUCCGCGGCUCGAGUCCUAAGUUCCAGGGGCGCGUCGUCUCGGAAGCGGACUGGAACGAUGAGGCGGAGGAGAUCCUUGAGAAGGCGGGCUCCGAAGCGACGGGCCACCAAAUUUACGGCGCCAGUAAGGUCAAGGGAGAGCGUGCUUUCUGGGACUUCAAGGAGAAGAACAAGGACAGGAUCAACUUCAGCAUGACAGCCGUCAAUCCCGUGUGGGUCGCCGGCCCUCCGCUCAUUCUCCCCGAGGACCCUAAGAGGCUGAGCGAUACCGCCAUUAUUGCGUAUCGCGUCAUGAGCGGCGAGGAGGUGCCGCCUGUAGGACCUGGGAAUGGGACGCACGUUGACGCUCGUGAUGUCGGGCGUCUUAUUGUGUUUGCUGCCGAUAGACCGGACGUGGCUGAUGGGCAGCGCUUCAUUGCUGGCGGGAAUGGUAACUUUGCCAACAUUCAGGCGUAUUGCGACCUGUUGAGGAAGGCGUAUCCUGAGAGGAGGGAUAUUAUCCAGGAGGGAGAGCCAGGGAAGGGGUAUUUGGAAGAUUACGGCGAGCCACCUGAGUCACGGAGGGUCGAUGCGUCAAAGGCUUCAAAGGCGACUGGACAGGGUUGGAUCACGUUCGAUCAGAUGAUUUUGGAUGCGGCCAAGGCUUAUGAGAGGUAUUUCUAAGUGUUUAUUUUGGUUCCUUGCUGGACCAUAGGACAGAUUUUCAUACAAAGAGAAAACUUUCGAAGAAGAGGCAUGAGCUGCCCUGGUUUUCAUAACUUUAGCGGUCUCUCAGUCUCCUUUUAUGUAGAGACGCCUUUUUGAAGCCAGGAAUUGAACCUAAGCCAGC